UGUAAGUGUGCAAUCCACACAAUAAGUGAAGACGGUCUUCUUUUAGCUACUGUAUGUGUAUAUCUUAUUAUAUUAGUUUCAUUUGAAAUACACUGCUUCAUUUAACUAUGCAAACUAGUCAACCAAAGCGGUACUAGCUUAGAGCAGAUUGCAGGUCCAGUGUGGUUUGUGUAGUGCUUUUUGGAAAACAGCGUGCACAACGGGUUUCACUCUCAAUCAGAGGAAUAAAUAUUGGCACGACAUAGGCUAUUUACUGUAGGUUAAAGUCUGUUUUACCAAAUAAGGACUCAAAGCCAUGAGGUUCGGCUCCAGUUGAGAGGAGAUAAUUAUCCCAACGCGAUUUCGUAAAAUGGUACUGUGUGAAAGCAAAGUGUGCUAUAUACAGUGGAUUGUCUAUGUCCCCACGUUCAUGGUGGGUCUUCCCCUCAACCUGGCCGCUCUGUGGCUCCUCCUCUUCAGGAUGCGUCGAUGGACUGAGUCCACGGUGUACCUCAGCAGUCUGAUCAUCAACGACAGCCUUCUCAUCUUCUCUCUGCCCUUCAAGAUGUACGCCUAUGAACACACCUGGGGUCUGAGCAUGGGCUUCUGCACCUUCCUGGAGAGCCUGGUGUUCGUCAACAUCUAUGGGAGCAUCAUACUGAGCGUAUGCAUCUCGGGCGACCGCUAUGUUUAUUUGCGGUUUCCAAUCAAUGGCAAGCGUCUGCACUCGCCACGGAAGGCUGCCCUGGUAUGCCUGGCCGUGUGGGUGAUGGUAUUUGCUUUCACCACACCCGUCUAUGAGCUCCACAACAAAAACAACAACGACACCAGAAUGCACAAAGGCAACGAGACCAAGUGUUUCCAGAACUUCUCCAGCGAAACCUGGAAGAAGAAAUGGAUCAUCAUCGCCAUAGAGACAGUGUUCACAAUCAGCACGGUUGCCAUGGUGUUCUUCUCGGUGCGCGUGAUGCAGAUCCUGAGUGACAUGCGGCGACUGAACCCGCUGGACGAUAAGCUGAGGAACAACAAGUCUGUGAAAAUCGUCCUGAGCAAUCUGGUGGCCUUCCUGCUGUGCUUCAUCCCCUACCACGUGGCCGCAGUCGUCUACUUCCUGGCCAAGAACCGCACGGAGGACCCGAAUGUCAUCAACCCCCUCAGAGACUUCGUCCACAUCAGCAUGUGUCUGGGCAGCGUCAACUGUCUGACGGACGGGGUCUGCUACUACUUCAUCCUGAAGGAGAACCUGCUGACUGCCAGCCAGGAGAGGAGGAGGAUGUCCACUAGAGGAAACACAGUGGUGAGGCUCAGGGAAAUCAACCAGCAUGCAAUGGACAACAUCAAGGUCAAGGAACCUGGAGAGACAGGCUCAGACACCCAGGUCAAUGGAGAUCAAUUGGACUUGCUAGAUAGAUGUGGCUUAUCCCCUCUUGGCGCCUGCAGAGUGGAGAGCAGGGUGGAGACGCUUCCCCUGUAGAUGGAUGGCUAUCACCUCUAUCUGGGAAAUGGAAAACGCAGAUCCCCACAGCAGACAGAGGAAACAAGUUGCUCGAAUAUUGAAUGAAUGGCCAACACUUGGAAUAAAUGUUUUUAAAUCAA